AUGUCUACCUCAAUUUUAAAAACCUAUUAUCGACAGGGUGCCACCAUUUUAACAUCUGGACAGAUUAAAGAAAUUAAAUAUCUCAAAAAUAAGAUUCCGCAAAAUAGAAACCACUUUUUCAAGGAGUUUAGAAAAGUACAAUCCAUUUCAUUAGUCCCUCCUUCAGAAAAUGAUCCCCAAGAAAAAGAAAACAAUUAUUCAAUUGUAGGAUCUUUAAAGUCAUUAGAUGAGUCAAUUACAAAUGAAUUAUCUAAAAAGCAAAAAAAGAAAAAGAAGUCAUCAAAACCUAAACCCAUUCAAAGUUCUGACUUAUCUGAGAUUUCAACUGAAGGCUUCUGCCAAAAUUCCUCACUAGACAUCUCAUAUGAUCUAAUUGCUUCAAUUGAAAAAAAUCAUAUUAGAGCAGAAGAAGCUAUAUAUGAAUCAGAAAAAUGCCUAGCUCAUAACUCAUCUUUUAGCUCAUUAUAUUCAGCAAAAAUACUCUAA